AUGCAAGUUGGUGAAACGUCUUCAUCAAAUCCACGAAAACAUCAUCGAGUUCAUCCCAUCGGCGAACGUACUUCUCCUACGAAUGAAAAUAGAAAAACGCAUACUAUUUUAACAAUAUCAUCAAACGAUGAUGAUACAGUACCAUCACGAGAUGCGUAUCCACGUUCAUAUUCUCAAGCAUCACAUUCUUCGACAUCAUCCAUUGAUAUUCGUGCUAGCGAUGUUAUUAAACGUAUAACAAGUCCAUCUAGUGCAAUAUCAACCAAUGAUGAAAUACUUCCACAAACGUUUUUUCGUCGUAUGUCAGCUAGUUGGAAUAUGAACUCGUUUGUACAAAUGACGCCAACGCAAACAUCUACUUUACCAGCUAUACACGAUUUGAAUUCAACAACAACUACAAACGAUGAAACUUAUUUACAUUCAAUGAUAACAACAGUAACAAAUAUUAAUACUAAUGUAAAUGAAUGUGAAAUAUGUUACUUAACAAAUGACUGUGAAAAUUUACGAUCAUGUGAGCAUAAUUUUUGCCAUUCGUGUUUACAAAUGUAUUUAAUUGAUAAAAUACAUCUCGGUUGUCCAGCAUUAUUAGAAUGUCCACAUAAUGAAUGUAAAGAAGUUCUGCAUCCGAGUGAUAUUAAAAGAAUAUUAAAUGAUCAACAAAUGUAUGAACGUUAUGAAACAUUUAUGUUAAGACGAGUUUUACAGAAAAUGCCGGAUACCAAAUGGUGCCCUUAUCCAAAUUGCAAUUUUGCUGUGUUGGUUGAAAAUACUCGUAAAGCAAGUAAAUUCGAUUGCCUUGUUUGUAAGCGACCAUUUUGUCAACGUUGUUCACAAAUUUGGCAUCCCAGUUCAACAUGUGAAAGUGCAUCUGCUCAACGUGCUGCAAAAGAUCCUACACUCGAAAUGUUGAUGAAAUCGAGUACGAAUGGUGGAAGUAUUCGAUCUUGUCCACGAUGUAAAAGCCCAAUAGAAAAAUUAGAUGAUGGUUCAUGUAAUCAUAUACGUUGUGCCAUUUGUACAUGCGAAUUUUGUUGGUUAUGUAUGAAAGAAGUCGAUAAUUUACAUUUUAUAACUCCUACCGGCUGUACGUUUUAUGGUCAAAAACGUUGGUCAAAAUUUAAAUCAAUAAUUUAUUUAUUAUUAUCAUGGAUAUUAACUCCAAUCGUAGCAAUAUUAAUCAUUGUUCUUGCUGUCCCACUACUGUUAUUUAUACUACCGAUAGUCAUAACAAAAAAAUUCUAUCGAUACUCUCUUGACAUCGAUGUUGAUUCAAUGCCUCGUUUUCUUCUAUGUAUAUUCGUAUUUAUAAGUACAGUUAUUUUAACGCCACUAAUUUUGACUUUUGGUUUACUUAUUGGCAUCCCAUUGAUCCUUUUUUUUAUUUAUUUUUAUAUGCCACGAAGAUAUAUAUCGGCAAAUUUUUAA